GUUUAAGGCUUACGCUAUCUCAACUUGGCUGUAGUGUACAGCGAAUUUAUUCGUAGAUUUAGUUUAGUUUAUUUCCUACACAAUGUCGGUAAUUUGUGUCGCCUUUGCCCGGAAUUUCUUGGCGGCGAGGAACUCUAGCACGACUGUGAUGGUGCGCUAUGCUCAGACAGUGGCUGCUCCAGCUCCUGAGCCUAGGAUCAAGAAGUUCCAGAUUUACCGCUGGGACCCGGACACUGCAGGAGACAAGCCAAGGAUGCAGACAUAUGAAAUUGACCUCAACACCUGUGGUCCAAUGGUUCUGGAUGCUCUCAUCAAGAUCAAGAACGAACUGGACCCCACCCUUACAUUCAGACGUUCCUGUCGCGAGGGUAUCUGCGGCUCCUGUGCCAUGAACAUCAAUGGAGGUAAUACUCUGGCGUGCCUCAACAAAAUUGACAGCAACACAGGCAAAGCCACCAAAAUCUACCCGCUUCCUCACAUGUAUGUGGUCAAAGAUCUGGUGCCUGACAUGAGCAACUUCUACGCACAGUACAAAUCUAUUGAGCCCUAUCUGAAAAAGAAGGACGAGUCUAAAGAGGGGAAGGACCAGUAUUACCAGUCUGUGGAGGACAGACAAAAGCUGGAUGGCUUGUACGAGUGUAUCCUGUGUGCAUGCUGCAGCACCAGCUGUCCCAGUUACUGGUGGAAUGGGGACAAAUACCUCGGACCUGCUGUUCUCAUGCAGGCAUACCGAUGGAUGAUCGACUCCCGUGAUGAGUUUACCGAGGAGCGUCUGUCUAAGCUUCAGGACCCCUUCUCUCUGUACCGCUGCCACACUAUCAUGAAUUGCACCAAGGCCUGCCCCAAGGGACUCAAUCCAGGGAAGGCCAUCGCAGAGAUCAAGAAAAUGAUGGCGACCUACAAAGACAAGAAAGCGGUGGCGGCGUGAACACCGGAUCAAGAUCCAUGGAUCCAUCCAUUUAUUGUUGGUUGAAUCAUGCUCAGGGAGGGAGCUGAAAUCAAAGAUUCAAGGCCAAUUUUUUUAACGAAUCUACCAUCCAUUAAUGAUCACUUAUUAAAAAAAACAUCACACAUAUUGAAUGAUACCUCACACAAGCUAGCCGAAGUAGCUGAGUGCUCAAGUCUUGAUCUUCAGAUAUCAUUCAUUGAUAUCUAAUCUAAAGAUGUCUGGGGUCACGGUGGAGAAUUGAUUUUUUAAUUAGCUCUCUCCGCUGCAAAUCAGUGAUAGUUUUGCUGAGGCUGAGAGGUCAUUUGUGUCUGUUCAUGUGUUUGUCUGCGAUUGAAUACUACAUUACCGUAAAAACAGAGAAGCGAGCAAGAUGUUGGACCAUAUUUCCACCGUCCAUAUAGUUACUUGUGGUACUUGCAUGAUAUGGACCUUAUUCCAGCUAACGUUUGGUGCACAAGGCAGGGUACACGCUAGACUGGUUGUCAAGUCAGUCACAUAUACACAAACAACCAUUCACACCCAAUCACACCUAUGGACAAUUUAGAGUAUCCAGUUAACCUAACAGAUAACGUCCAGUUAACCUGCAAACUCAAGCAAUCAUGGGAAGGAAGGACAUACAUACUCCACAGAGAUUCUCUAACAGAGUUUUGAACAUUUCUAGCAACAAUGUAAAUGUAUUUAAACUGUGAAUAAUGACAUUAAAUGUACUUAUUAAAUUAA